AUCGACCCGAGUUAGAGCACAUUAACUUUGUUCUGAGUCGGAGGAGGGCAGCAGGGGAGCUGGAGAAGGAAGAGGAAGAGGUGGAAGCCACGGAGAGAUGAGCACAGGACGGGAGAGGAGGGACACAAAAAGAGGACGUGAGAGAGACGAGAACCUGUCCAUCGUUAUGCAGAAAAUGAGCUACUUCUCCGCCCCGCUCUUCCUGUGCCUGGAUGUGUGCGUGGUGCACGCCAUCCGCUUGGCCCAGCUCUCACCUCUCCUCCUCUCCCAUCCGUUCAUCACUCUGUGGGGAGGAGGGUUGACCAGGGCUUGUCUCCUCGCCCUCCUCAUCUUCACCUGCCCUGGAAGCCUGCCGUGGAUGAGCAGCUUCGAGGGGCUACAGAGCUUAGGGGUCCUUUGCUUCCACUUCCCGGUGUACACCGCUCUUCUCUGGGCGCUAGGGCAGUCCACCAUGGAGGAAGUGUGGGGGUGGCACUCCUGGGAAAGGGUGUUACAGGGUUAUGUUGUGACAAUGGUGGCGUGGCUCUACUGGAGUCGAUACGUGUCAUCUCUUUUGCUCUCCUGGGGUCGAUACGUGUCAUCUCUUUUGCUCUCCUGGGGUCGAUACAUCUCAUCUCUGUUGACGAGGGCGCCCUCUGACAAGCCCAAAGAGGUCGCCAACUCCUCUCUGGAGAAGCUGAUGGGAUUCAUGCUGCCCUAUUGCUGGCGCUUUGUUUUAGUGCUGUUUCUCGUGGUUCUCUCCUCUUAUGGUGAGAUGGCUAUUCCUCAGUACACUGGGCGUGUGGCUGACUGGAUCAUAAAUGAAGAAGCACCUGAUGCAUUCACCGAGGCCAUCACCGUCAUGACGCUAAUGACUAUUGCCAGUGCGGUGCUCGAGUUUGUAUGUGACCUCAUGUACAACGUCACCAUGAGCCUCAUACACACCUCAGUGCAGGGAGCCGUCUUCCAGGCGGUGCUGAAACAGGAGAUUGCUUUCUUUGAUGCCACUCCGACAGGUGAACUGGUGUCCCGUGUUACCACGGAUACCAACGAUAUGAGUGAGGCCCUGAGUGAAAAACUAAGUCUUGUGAUGUGGUACACAGCGCGUUUCGGCUUCCUCAUGUACUUCAUGGUGAGCCAGUCAUGGAAAAUGUCCCUGCUCACCUGCAUGGGACUGCCCAUCAUCUGGGUCGUACCCAAGCUCAUUGGACACUUCCAACAGACUAUUGCUGUGAAGCUUCAGGAGUCACUGGCUAAGGCCAACCAGGUGGCCACAGAGACGUUCUCCUGCAUGAAGACAGUGAGGAGUUUUGCCAACGAAGACGGUGAGACGGAGAAGUACAGACGGAGGCUGGAGGAUACUUACGCCCUUAACAAAAAGGAAGCAGUGGCCUAUGCAGCUUCUACCUGGGCUAACAGCAUGACCACCAUGACCCUGAAGGUGUGUGUUCUGUACUAUGGAGGGACUCUGGUGACCAGAGGGGACGUUAGCAGUGGAGACCUGGUGUCAUUCGUCCUCUAUGAGCUGCAGUUUGCCUCUUCUCUUGAGGCUGUCAUGCGUUAUUACCCGGAGGUGAUGAAGGCAAUUGGUGCCUCGGAGAAGAUCUUUGAAUAUUUGGAACGCAAACCUAAAGUACCCCAAAAUGGCACUUUGGCCCCCAAAAAUCUCAAGGGACACAUUCAACUAAAAAAUGUUUCGUUUUCCUAUUCUGGCAAGACAGACAAUCUUGUCCUCAAGGACGUGUCUCUGGAGAUGAAGCCAGGCCAAGUCACUGCUCUUGUGGGGCUUAACAGAUCAGGGAAGUCCACAUGUGUCAAUCUGCUGGAGAGAUUUUACCAGCCCCGAACAGGGGAGAUUCUACUGGAUGGGAAACCACUGCAAGAAUACGAAAACCAGUACCUACAUGACAAGAUUGCUGUGGUGAGUCAAGAUUGUAAGCUGUUUGCUCGCUCUGUGCGGGAGAACAUCAAGUACGGCUACGAGGAUGCCACUGAUGAGGAGAUGGAAAAGGCUGCCAAGCUGGCUCGUGCCCACGAGUUCAUCAUGGGGCUGUCAAGUGGCUACGACACAGAUGCCGGGGAGAACGGGGGCCAGGUGUCUGGAGGCCAGAAGCAGCGCAUCGCCAUAGCCAGAGCUUUAAUCAGACGUCCUAAAAUCCUGAUACUGGACAACGCCACCAGUGACCUGGACACAGAGAAUGAAUAUCAGGUCUACCAAGCUUUGUUAAACCAAACCAACAACUGCUCCGUGCUGCUGAUAUCCAACAAGAUGAGUGUUGUAGAGAAGGCCAAUCAUAUAGUUGUCCUCAACGACGGGAUGGUAAAGGAGGAAGGCAGUCAUGAGGAGCUGUUGGAGAGAGGCGGUCUUUAUGCUGACCUGGUGAGAAAGCAGAAUCUGGGCUUCCACCGUCAGGAAGAGGAGAGGAAUGAUGCACACUGAUACGUGUGGGCGGGGUCGCCCUCAAUUCAGAAAAUCAGUCGAGUAACAGGAAGGUAGCUGGUUGAAAGUGCAGACUUUAUGCACAGAAUGUAUUUUGAUAAGAAGUGAAGCCAAUUGGUCGUUCCAUUGCAACAUCAGCGCCCAACAGCAAAGCUCCGCUUCCGCCAUUUUGGACUGAAAGCAACUACCGCACUCCAGUAAAACGUCCGCCUACAAAAAGUGCCUAACAAAAGUAAAACCAAAUUAUUAUUUUAUUUUUUAUUUUUUAUUCAUACUUUAUUUUUUCCCCUUUUUUUCAAGGUUGUUUUCAUAUAUGCAAUUUACAGUUUUUAUUUAAAUAGUUUAUAAACCAAUUUUUUAAGUAGU